AUGGUCUCUUUCAAGGACAUUACCGGUGCGCUAGGUACGAUUCUGGGCUACCUCGGCGCAGAGGUUGCAGAAGAAAGCGUGUUCGAACGACUUCUGUGGCCACAGCGAUACUACAAUGACUUCAGUCCAACCAUCUUCCUGAAAUUCGUCUUCCUCAUGCCAUCCGGAGGGCCGCUGCAUCGCGCAGCACUCGAGACUCUGACGCAGUUCCAGAAAAACGGAUUGUAUCUGGGCAAAACCCGAGGCAACAUGCUUGGUAGUGCAUUCUAUAGUCGGCUGGAUGUGUCGUACUUCGCCAGGACCCUGACUGGCCAGGAAAAUGCAGCAAAAGAGUCAAGGAACGGGUUCUUGGUGAGAAUAUCACGCUCGUUGGCGCACAGCUAUGUGGCAAAACAGGACGACAAGGAGAAGAUACUGUCUGCUCUUGUAGUCUCCAAACGAGCGUAUAUUCCGUUGCAUCGUGUGUACCUCAAAUGUUGUACAAGCCAAACACCAACGCCUAGCGGAACCGUGGUCGUGUCCGAGGACAAGCUGACCUGGAAAUGCUUCGUCGGUGUAGUGGCUAGCGAGUCGAUCGCUAUCGCUGCAGCUGUGAUCGCAAGCGUGUACACUCAUACAACUUGGCUUUGCGUAUACUUUGUGCUGCCGUUACUCUUCAAGGUCUUUUCAUUUGGAACCAAUGUCCGGAGGGAGAGUCUCAGAGUUGCGGUUGAUGGCGAGAGUGAGGUCGAAACCAUAUUCGAACUGGAUGACCUCAACCACGGUCUUGUGCUUAUACAAGGUCCAGACCACGUUGUGCGACAGUUCUGCCGGCAUUAUGGUCACCCAAUACGUGGUUCGGACGUGACAGCAAACAGGAUGCGAGAGACCAUGUCAAUGUCGGUGGUAUACCUUUUUGUCGGAUACUUCCCAGCUGGCCUGAUCGCUUUGCUGUGGCUUGACGACGAUGCUCAGGUGUUAUGGCUGUCGUAUCAGCUCUAUGUUGUUUUCGUCAUGCAUAUCAGCAGACUGCUAGGUCUCAAUGAAUGUGGCCGGACUGAGGAGCGCAUCGCGCGACAUCUCAAGAAGGGCAGAGAGGUGAUGUUGAGCGAUUCGACGGGACCGCUGGUUAUCUUCAGAGUCGAGACGGUAUGGUUUGAGAAUGUGACAGAGGGCAGGAGAGCGAUGUCAGAUACGAUCGCUGCACACAAACGAUUGUGCAAAAGUAAUGGGGAGGCGGGCAGAGCAAAGCGACUGGCAGUGCAGUCACUGAGGAAAAGACUCAAGGAGACAGUCCACCUCCUAUGGUGGUGGGGCUGUAGACAUAGAUCUUGA